AUGUCGUCCUCCCAGUCUCAGAAGCCUCAGGCUCCCAGAUACGAGUCGAACAAGUACUGCGUCUGCACUUCCUGCAUCAACAACGAUGGCGGCCAGUGCGCGACCUUGGUCGAGCUUGAGAAACACCUCAAGACGGUUGGAAUUCUCACGGCCAAUGAUGCACAACUCACCCAGAUCCUACUCCCUGGGCCGCCGACCCACGAUUUGACGCCUUGUCACACCACACUGCUCGCCUUUUUCUCAGGUGUCAUGGAUCGUGAACUGCGAGAUAACAUGAGCAAGGGCCGAUCCAUGAGUCGCAUUCAAUUUUUCAAUCAAAAGAUCUGCGCAGAUGACAUGGCAUCGCUCCUCACGUGGUGCCGCACAGGACGCAUCCAUAUCGAUUAUGACGAUAGCGAUUUCCAGGAUGACCGGUGUCGGUUCGAGCGACUGUGGAAUCUGGCGGCUAUGCUCGAGAUGCCUGAAUUCGCCAAUUUCUGCAUGCGCCUUAUUCUGGCAAAAUACAGCUGGAACGUUCUGGGUGCCUCUGAGACUCCCGCGUUGGACUUCCAGAGUGCUCCGUACGGACCCACGGGACCGCUAUUUGUCAUCACGAACCAGCUGGACGUCGUCAGACACUCUCGUCUCUCCGCGUUCAUCGAAAGGCUCCUCACGUCCCGCGAUCCCUUGCAGGAGGAUCUCGUGCAUGCUGUCAGCAACGGUAAGCGUGAAGCGUAUCAGAACGCAUGGCAUGACCGGCUCGCAAGCAAUAUCCAGCUCAACUACCGGGUUGCAGAGUCGCGAACAGUAGACGAAAGUAAGGUGGACAAUGACCCGACGAAUCCGGAACUCGCAGGUCUGUUCCUAGUAUCGGUUCCCGACCGCGACCCUGACCAGUUUCGUCUUGAGCUCAGCCGUCAGGGGUAUCAGACAGCGAAGAACACUGUUGCCAAGACUAAAUACACACAACGCACACUCUGUGUACCCUCCCGCGACAAGCAGGUCUUCUACAAGGCCUUCGAAUACGAUCCCGCCGAUCACAGAGAGCUGGGUGCUGCGCCUCCGCGAUGA